UGAAACCUUUAUUAUAUUCAAAAUUAAUUUCAACCAUUUUGACAUGGGUACCAUCUUCGUUGGAACGUGGGCAGAUUAUAAAAUCUCGUGAAAAUUAAAUUUUUAUGAUAUCGGAAUAUUAGGGUCUUUCUAUCUCUGGAAAUUAAUGGAGAAUUGAACGGUGUUACCGCAUACACCACGCGUGACAUUCAUCGAAUUUCAAUUGUUCACCGGUGUCUAACUGUUGUAUCAUAGGUGCACGCCGAAAAUACAGGUGAACGCACUUCCGUUCGUUCCGAUAAGCAGCGACAUUCGAAUGCAUCCGAGAUACACACAGGUUACGAAAUUCGGCUGGCGCGUUCGUGUCCCAUCCCUGGCGAAAUGUGGGCAACCAGUGAGUAAUUCGAUGCACGCUCAUUAACGACUCAUGCUGCGACCCACCGUUCGAUAAUCGAGCCGGACAGAUAACAACUUCCCGACACCAGUUUCCCGCUCUUCUUUAUCGCCAUAAUUUUUCUUUCGAAUUGAUUCUCUCGAGCAGGUACCAUCGCGAGCGAACUAAUGAUCUUGACAGAUGGUUGCUCACAGCGUGGGAGUAAAAAAAACACGAGUUUCCUGAUGUUCUAAAUGUCGAGUUUCAUUGGCGAAAUUUUAACGUUCGCAUCGAGGAUGUUCAGUAGUGUACGUGUUGUCGAUAAUUCACAGUGACGGGUACGUUUUCAGGUGACAUUUAAAGUCGUGACUUUUUUCUUGUUUUCAAAUAUUUUUUACAACUGUUCAAUCUUAUAGGAUGUAGCUUUACAUGACAUUGAUUAAAUGUUCCAUUUAACCUUGUUAUCGUCGUAGAUGAUACAAGGUUCAGAAUAUGUUUAAAAUAAAUACCGUUUAGUCAACAUUAUCGGUAUCGUUGAUUAAUGUAACCGAUCGAUAAAAUGAAAAUAAGCACGUAAAUCUAACUUUAAAAACGAACACUCAUGAUCGAUUCAACGCGCAUGCGCGCGUUACUCGUACUUCGCUAUAGAGUUACCGCGAAAGGGCAGACGCGUCAGUCGCGUUCGGCGCGUCGUACGAGGAAGUGUGUUCUCGUUCGUUUUCAUCCCGAUUCCUUCACCAUUCGUUCUCGUCCUGUUUACAUCACCGAUAGCACAUCACUCCUUUUCCUGUAACUUUCGCACAGCCGCCAAUCGGAUGACACGACGAUCCGCGAUUAAAGAAGGAUAAUCAAAAAUGUACCCGUCUUAAAAAGCGGCCCAAGGAUUCUUGUCGAAGAUUCGAGAAUACCGUGAAAGAAUGUUCGAGGCACGAUUCAUAAAAAAUUGAAGAGACACGUGCGAAUCGUUUGUUCGCGAAUCAAUCGAAUGAUCGAUCGCGGAGAGGAUGAAGUCAUCGGACACUUAGCCGGCUUACCUCUCGUCGCCAUGAAUUUUUCGUGGCAGCUUGUUGGAGUGAAAACUUGAAGCGGCGAUAACGAUAGAAGAGCAGGAGGAAUCGUUAGAGGACGCGAACGACAUGUCCGUGGAACGAAACGUCGAAGAAAUCGAUCGGAAUGAAAAUGGGAACCGCACGGAGAACCGCUCUAGCUACCUUCCGGAAUUCUUCAACAUCACUUUGCCGGACGUCAACGCGACGGACGAGAUCGACUCUUUCUACUUUUACGAGACGGAACAAUUCACUGUGUUAUGGCUACUAUUCGCGAUGAUAGUGGUGGGCAACAUAGCGGUGCUAAUUGGCCUCCUAUGGGGCAAACGUCGAAAGACAAGGAUGGACUUUUUUAUCAAACAACUGGCGUUUGCAGAUUUAUUGGUCGGCUUGAUAUCCGUGCUAACGGAUAUAAUUUGGAGAACGACGGUGACCUGGCACGCGGGCAACGUAGCUUGCAAACUGAUACGAUUCAUGCAAGCUGUUGUUACCUACAGCUCUACGUACGUACUUGUCGCUCUGUCGAUCGACAGAUACGAUGCCAUCACCAGACCGAUGAAUUUCACUGGCAGGUGGUGGAGAGCUAGAGCACUGGUCAUCGGUGCCUGGAGCUUGUCGGCAUUAUUCAGUGUUCCAAUCAUAUUCCUGUACGAGGAGAAACGGAUACAGGGGAAGACACAGUGCUGGAUUGACCUGGGCUCUCCGUUGCAGUGGAGGAUCUACAUGAGCCUGGUCAGCUUUACCCUCUUUAUAGCACCUGCUCUGAUAAUAGGGGGCUGUUAUGCUGUGAUCGUAGCUACUAUAUGGUCACAAGGUGGAGCAUUACGCCAAGGACCUACCAGGGACACCAGGAGGGCGUCUUCCAGAGGGCUGAUCCCUCGAGCGAAGGUCAAGACGGUGAAAAUGACUCUCGUCAUAGUAUUCGUAUUCAUUCUCUGUUGGAGUCCGUACAUAGUGUUCGAUCUCCUCCAAGUUUACGGUUACGUACCGGAAACACAGACCAACAUCGCGGUGGCCACGUUCAUUCAGAGUUUAACGCCAUUAAACUCGGCUGCCAAUCCGAUCAUAUAUUGCCUCUUCAGCACGUCAUUUUGUAAAACUGUACGAAACAUGCAGGCGAUCACCUGGGUUUCUGGAUGGUGUGCGACGAAUCCUCAUCACUGUUUCGGCACCGGUGGUCCAAACAGUAGCAGCAGAACCACAGUGACAACCUCGCUGACAGCACACUCGUCGCGAAGAAGCGGCCACAUCGCGAUGCUACACUCCACCACCAGGAAACGAGUCAUGGUAUCUUUAGUAUAAAAAACGAACGAUGCAAGCCUGCUUCCUGUCCAAUAAGAUCAACUCUCCUGCCUAAUGAGAGCUUCGAAGAAGCUCGACAACGAGUAUUAAGGUGGGUAUCCGCUUGUCAAGAGUGCUCCUCUCUUCGAAUCCUUCAGCGUCGUCAACCGAUAUGCAAAUAUAUCGUUUUUCUUUUUUUCUUUUUUAUAUAACUGAUACGAUAUUGGAAUUUGCAAGCGUAUACCCACCUUUGAACGUCUUUCGAAUUAUGUCUUAUUUAAUUUUCCUAACAAAUUGAUAAAUGUCGUUGCUAUACAAAUAUGAUAUUCGUUUUUACAUUGGAAACAUAAUUUGGGAGACGACGUUGUAUGUGUAAAAUAGAUUUUCUAUUUACGUAAUCAGUAUUUCAGGCCUGGUCUUCUGUGUCGGCAAAUAAAUGUCUUUCAUCUUCCAUCGCACAGUGAUCCAACUCGAACAAUUCAAUUAUUAUACAAAAUUCCAGGUAUAAGUUACACUACCGUUCAAAAGUCCUUUGGCUGAUACAACGUUGUUAGGGUUAACAGGUGCCCUAAUUCUAAGACCUUCGAAGCGACAUCGUAAAAGUCUGGAACAGAAAUUCGAUUUAACGAACAAUCAUAUAAAAAUGGUGAUUCCAUGGAAUAAAGCACCCGUUCACAAAGAUUCUGGGGGAUGAAAGGAACAUUAGCCUGGCAAUCGAUCAGCCUACGUGGAAAAUGAUACGCUCAAAAGUAUAACAUGUACAUAUAUACAUAACGAAUGAACGACAGCUUCUGUGUAUAUAUACAUUACGUAUGCGACCAUAAAUGUGUAAUAUAUUCAUGUAUUCCAUCGGUUGCGUUCUUCGCGAAAAUGCCUCGCCUCGAGCCUCUAAUUAUGCUCGCGAUCAAUCAACAUUUAACAGUGCUACAAUUUCUCGAUGCCUAAACAUCGUUUUGUACAGCUAAACCGAACGUCGAGUCGUUCAUCAUCGGCUAUUCCGUUGUGGACAUAAACUACCCUUUAGGAAGACGCGACGUGGAAAUAGAAGACCAUAAGGGAAGGUUUUCGAAUUUGGAUUCGAAACAACAGUGGUCCAAUUAAAACAACUUUCUCCUACAUUCAUCCCACAUUCAUCCCCAUAACGUAUCAAUUUUUGAUAAAAUAAAAACAAAUAGUUUGUCAGUCGUUUACGUUUUGUAUCUAAAAUGUGUCGAUAACUCGAGUUUUUCCAGGUUUUCAUACCCUAUCGCUGCUUGAAAUUCGAAACACAGAGCGUGUGUAACUGUGUUAAAGUGGAAAACAAUUCGCUGGAAAGUUGUGUAAUCGUUUAAAGAACGGUAGAUGGUAUUGUAUUUGUAAUUCGUCUAAUUAUUAUUUAUUCUAUUGUAUUUAAGAAAAGAGAAAGGGAAAAACGAUGAUAAGCCUGUAUGUCUUGUUACCACGUUCAUAUUUUCAUUGACGGAGAAUAUAAUUUGUACAUACUGUCGAAUAAACUCGUCUACGAUGCGUGAAA